AUGGCGGCUGCAUUGGCCGCAGAAGACUUGUCGCGGCAGGCAAGUAUGAGUAGCAGGAGGAGCAUGAGUAGCAAGAUGAGCUGGCGUGCCUCGAGUGUUAGGGAAAUGUUUAAUGCGCCGGAUGUGUUUCAAAGGAGUAGCAGACAGCCGGAAUUUAAUGAUGAAGAAGAGCUAAGAUGGGCUGCAAUAGAGAGGUUGCCAACUUAUGACAGGCUGAGGAAAGGAAUGUUGACGCAGGUCACCAGCACCGGGAAUGUUAUGCGUGAUGAGGUUGAUGUUACAAACCUUGGACCCCAAGCCAAGAAACAGUUAAUGGAUAGCAUACUUAAGGUUGUUGAGGAAGAUAAUGAGAGGUUCUUGACAAGAUUAAGGAACAGAAUUGACAGGGUGGGAAUUGAGGUUCCUAAGAUUGAAGUUAGAUUUCAGAAUUUAUCAGUUGAGGGAGAUGCUUUUGUUGGGACUAGAGCACUUCCAACUUUGAUCAAUUCGACAUUAAAUGCUGUCGAGGCAACUCUGGGAUAUGUUGGACUCACCCCCUCAAAGAAAAGGGUUAUCAAGAUCCUUCAAGGUGUGAGUGGAGUACUAAAACCAUCAAGGAUGACACUGCUUCUUGGGCCUCCUGCCUCAGGAAAAACAACACUGUUGCAAACACUAGCCGGGAAAGCAAAGGAUGAUCUAAGGAUAUCUGGCAAAGUCACCUACUGCGGUCAUGAGUUUACGGAAUUUAUACCCCAGAGAACAAGUGCUUAUAUUAGCCAGCAUGAUCUUCACAAUGGUGAGAUGACCGUUCGUGAGACAUUAGAUUUCGCAGGACGUUGUUUGGGAGUGGGAACAAGGUAUGAAAUGUUGGCAGAGCUAUCAAGAAGAGAGAAGGAAGCAGGAAUUAAGCCAGAUCCGGAGAUUGAUGCAUUUAUGAAAGCUACAGCAAUGGCUGGCCAAGAAACUAGUUUGAUUACAGACUAUGUUCUCAAGAUACUUGGACUGGAUAUAUGUGCUGAUAUUUUGGUGGGAGAUGAUAUGAGAAGAGGCAUCUCUGGCGGACAAAAGAAGCGUGUCACAACUGGAGAAAUGUUGGUUGGGCCAGCAAAAGCAUUUUUCAUGGAUGAGAUAUCAACAGGGUUAGAUAGUUCCACCACAUUUCAAAUUGUCAAAUUUAUGAAGCAGAUGGUUCAUAUCAUGGAUAUAACUAUGAUCAUUUCACUCUUGCAACCUGCACCUGAGACAUUUGAUCUAUUUGAUGACAUUAUGCUACUUUCUGAGGGUCAAAUUGUCUACCAAGGUCCUCGUGAGAAUGUUCUUGAGUUCUUUGAAUCUAUGGGAUUCAAAUGUCCGGAAAGGAAAGGUGUUGCAGACUUUCUGCAGGAAGUAACCUCCAGAAAGGACCAAGAACAAUACUGGGUUCGACAGAACCGACCUUACAGAUAUGUCUCCGCACCUGAAUUUGCACAAGCCUUCAACUCCUUUCACAUUGGCCAACAGCUUUCAGAAGAACUUAGAGUUCCUUUUGAUAAAUCAAAAAGUCAUCCAGCUGCUUUGGUGACAGAGAAGUAUGGUAUUUCCAACAAUGACCUAUUCAAGGCUUGUCUUUCCAGGGAAUGGCUUCUAAUGAAGCGCAGCACCUUCCUCUACAUUUUCAAGGUCUUCCAGCUGACAGUUAUGGCGAUAAUUGCCUUGACAGUGUUCUUGAGAACAGAAAUGAAAGCUGGCCAAUUAGAGGAUUCAGCAAAAUUUUGGGGAGCAUUGUUUUUCAGUCUCAUUAACGUUAUGUUUAAUGGGAUGACUGAGCUCGCAAUGACAGUUUUCAGGCUUCCUGUCUUCUUUAAGCAGAGGGACAGCAUGUUCUACCCUGCAUGGGCAUUUGCCCUCCCUAUUUGGCUCACAAGAAUUCCUGUCUCCUUGGUUGAAUCUGGGAUUUGGAUAAUUCUUACAUAUUACACUAUUGGGUUUGCACCUGGUGCUAGUAGGUUCUUCAAACAGUUCUUAGCGUUCUUUGGUGUUAAUCAAAUGGCUCUCUCCCUAUUCCGUUUCAUCGCUGCAUUAGGCAGAACAGAGGUGGUUGCAAACACCCUUGGCACCUUUACCUUGCUAUUGGUAUUUGUGCUGGGAGGUUUCAUUGUAGCCAAAGAUGCCAUUGAACCAUGGAUGAUAUGGGGUUAUUAUGUCUCUCCCAUGAUGUAUGGACAAAAUGCCAUCGCUAUCAAUGAGUUCCUUGCUGACAGAUGGAGCACGCCUCUCCUCAACUCCACCGUUGGAAAGACACUUCUCAAGGAAAGAGGCCUAUACACUGAAGAACAUUGGUAUUGGAUCUGUAUUGGUGCACUUGCUGGGUUUUCUCUUCUUUUCAAUCUUCUGUUCAUUGCAGCACUCACAUAUUUGAAUCCUCUGGGAGAUUCAAGACCUACAAUCUCAGAUGAUGACUCGGAAAAAGAGCGCAAGAGGCAGAUUACCUCCAAUGGAGAAGGGAUUGAUAUGCCAGUGAGAAAUGCUCACGCGAGUAACGGCUCCAUUGUUAGUGUUACAAACAACCAAUCCAAAAAGGGAAUGGUUUUACCUUUCCAGCCACUUUCACUUGCUUUUAACCAUGUGAAUUACUAUGUUGAUAUGCCAGAAGAAAUGAAGAAUCAAGGGAUUGAAGAAAGUCGAUUACAACUGCUGAGAGAUGUGAGUGGUGCUUUCAGGCCAGGUAUUCUGACUGCAUUGGUGGGUGUUAGUGGGGCGGGAAAGACAACCUUGAUGGAUGUCUUAGCUGGAAGAAAGACCGGUGGAUACAUUGAAGGAAGUAUAAGCAUUUCAGGUUACCCAAAGAACCAAGCAACUUUUGCUCGUGUCAGUGGUUACUGUGAACAGAAUGACAUCCAUUCACCUCAUGUUACCGUCUAUGAAUCACUGUUAUACUCUGCCUGGUUGCGUCUGGCCUCAGAUGUGAAGAAGGAAACACGAAAUAUGUUUGUUGAGGAAGUGAUGGACUUGAUUGAGCUUAACCCUUUGAGACAUGCUUUGGUUGGACUUCCGGGAGUAAAUGGUCUUUCAACUGAGCAGAGAAAGAGGCUAACCAUUGCAGUAGAAUUGGUCGCUAAUCCUUCUAUCAUCUUUAUGGAUGAGCCAACAUCAGGCCUCGAUGCUAGAGCUGCUGCAAUUGUUAUGCGUACUGUAAGGAACACGGUGGAUACAGGAAGAACUGUAGUAUGCACAAUUCAUCAACCGAGUAUUGAUAUUUUUGAGGCAUUUGAUGAGCUUUUAUUGAUGAAAAGAGGAGGACAAGUUAUAUAUGCUGGAGCUCUUGGCCGCCAGUCUCACAAACUUGUUGAAUAUUUUGAGGCUGUUCCUGGGGUUCCCAAGAUCAAAGAAGGCUAUAAUCCUGCUACUUGGAUGUUGGAUGUCACUUCCACUACAGUUGAGGGUCAGCUUGAGGUUGAUUUUGCUGAAAUUUACGCCAACUCUGACUUAAAUCGGAGAAAUCAAGAACUCAUAAAAGAACUCAGCUCUCCACAACCGGGUUCCAAGGACCUUUACUUCCCCACUAAAUAUUCCCAAAGCUUUGUAACACAAUGCAAGGCCUGUUUCUGGAAACAGUACUGGUCAUACUGGAGGAACUCCCAGUAUAAUGCUGUCCGAAUGUUUAUGACAAUCAUCAUUGGUAUUUUGUUUGGUGUCAUCUUCUGGAACAAAGGAGACAAGAUAAAUCAACAACAGGACCUUAUGAAUCUUCUAGGAGCUACCUACGCUGCUGUUCUGUUCCUAGGAGCUACCAAUGCUACUUCUGUGCAGUCUGUUGUGUCAAUUGAAAGGACAGUCUUCUACCGCGAAAGAGCAGCCGGGAUGUACUCAGAAUUACCUUAUGCUUUUGCUCAGGUGGCUAUAGAGACAAUUUAUGUUGCAUUCCAGACCCUUAUGUAUUCUCUUCUUCUGUACUCGAUGAUCGGAUACGAAUGGCAAGCAGACAAAUUCUUCUAUUUCUACUACUUCAUAUUCAUGUGUUUCACCUACAUGUCAAUGUACGGGAUGAUGGUUGUUGCCCUUACUCCUGGUCAUCAAAUCGCGGCAAUUGUUUCAUCCUUUUUGCUCAGCUUCUGGAACUUAUUCUCCGGUUUCCUCGUCCCUAGACCGCUAAUACCUAUAUGGUGGAGGUGGUAUUACUGGGGUUCUCCAGUUGCUUGGACAAUUUAUGGCAUUUUCACAUCUCAAAUUGGAGACAAGGUCGAGGAUGUCACACUAUCCAGCGGUGAUAAAAUGGCAGUGAAUAGAUUCCUUAAGGAUAUAUUGGGAUUUGAUGAGGAUUUCCUUAAAUAUAUUGUGCUUGGCCAUGUUGCUUGGGUCUUGGAUAAGGUUUUUCUUAUUUAUAUUCCUAUUUCAUCUUCCUUGUUUUGGUACUGUUGGCUCGAUUUCUGGCUUGGCUUCCUGUGUCCUAAUCUUUGUUUGGCAAUUUCUCUUCUUCCUUCUUUUUUUCCCGUUGAUAUGGCUGGUAAAUCUCUCUCAAAUCUGUGCUCAAAACUAUCAAUCCAAGGAGGUGAGAAAGAGAAGGUUGUUAUUGAUGCGGCGUUGCUGAAAGGGGGAAAGAAGGGUGUGAAGGUUUUUUACCUUCUUGGCAAACUAUUUUCGAAACGGUCUGCCCAUCUAGAGACGGUUCAAUUUACAACUUGUCCCUUUUGGAUCAGGAUCCCUGAUCUCCCGAUUGGAUUAAUGACUGAAGAUAUCGGGUUCGUAAUUGGGGAAUCAAUUGGCAAAGUACUUGAGAUCGAUCUGGAGUCGGGACGGUAUCUCCGAUUACGAGUGAAUCUUGAUCUUUCUAUGCCUGUGCAGCAAGGAACUACUCUCUCUUUGCCUGAUGGUGAGUUAGAAAUUGUUUUUAAAUAUGAGAAUAUGGCUGCCUAUUGCAGGAUCUGUGGUUUGUUUGAUCAUCUUGAUACCGACCGUCCUCUGUCGGUUGCAAUACGUAAGACUCAAGGAGUUGCGGUGAAGAAUUAUACAGCAGAUUUGAAAGCAGAAUCGCCUACUCUUAAGUCCUCUAGGCUCAAUGGGGAAGCUACACUACAAGGGACUUUUCGGUCUCCUUUGUCGCCUGAAUCGGUUCAUCAACGAUCGCAAGCUUCUGGUAGAAAUUAUAUAGACAGCCUGGCUUUAAAAGGGAAAGCAGUGCAGCGGGCCAUUGAGGAUGAUACCAUGUCAUGUGAAUUGAUCUCUAAGGUCCGUAUCCAUGAUGGGGAAAAAGCUCAUUUGCUGGUGAAGGGCACCGGGACAGGUUUGAAACAGGUUGAAGCUUUGAGUGGGAAUGCCCAAUUUCUAGGCGAUGGCCUUCAGGGAUCAGGACAGUUUCGACUUGGGAAGCAUACUGUGCCGACAAAUUCCUUUUCCGAUGGUCGUCGUUUGAGUAGCCGUCAGGUGAGCAAGAUGCCGGCAUGGUUAGCGGAGCGCCGCUUCAAUACUCAGGCCAGGACUUGGAAAGGAAAAGCCGUUAUGAGUGCUUCCGAGGAUAUUGGGGACGAGGAUGAUUCAGUGGAGAUCGUGAAGGUGGUUACGGGAAACAAGGGAUUGGUUGCGAAAAAUAAGGGGUUGAGCGUCUUGGCAACUGAAAAUUUGAUUUGCUCUGAGAAUGUCUUGAUUGAGGGAACUGAUGAAUCGCCAUCUCCUGCGGAUGUCUGCCAAGAAGUUAGAGAUGAUGUUCCACCAGCUACUGGUACUGAUCCAGCUGGAGCUGCUAGCCCAAAUGCUGAUGCUCAAAGGCUAUUACAUGAGAUGGCUGCAAUCUCGCCUUUUGUUUUUGGCCUAAACUCUCCUGCAGAUAAUAAGAAACCCAGGAAGUGGAAAAAGGCGGCUCGGGUGAGUUCGAAGUACACGUUUGAUGCUCUUGCUUCUCCUUCAAAUCUUAAAGAUGGGCGGAAGAGGGGUACAACUGGUCACUGUCAUGAGGCUGUCGAGUCUGGUGCGUUUAAGAGAACUCGAGAGACAAUUGUUGCAGACCUUCAGGACGAGGCUGGAACAGUGGAGUGUAAUGGUAGAGCUGGGGGUUUGGCUUUGUUGUGGAUCAAGGAUUUGCCUAUUUAUGUUCUUUCUUAUUCUCAAUAUCAUAUUGAUGCACAAAUAGGUGUUAGUUUGAAUGAUAGUUGGCGAUUCACUGGUUUCUAUGGAAGACCAGAAACCCAACUACGAAUGGAAUCUUGGAAUCUACUGCGCAGGUUGAAUACUAGAUCUCAACUCCCUUGGCUAUGUUCAGGGGACUUCAAUGAGAUUAUUUCAAAUUUGGAGAAGGUGGGAGGUGCCUUGCGUCUUCAACGACAGAUGAGUGCGUUCUUGGAAGCAAUUUCAGAUUGUAGCUUGCGGGAGCUGCCGGUUCGAGGACCUAUGAUGACUUGGAGAAGACGAAUUGGAGAUAAGUCUCCAAUCUUUAUUCCUAAGUAUCGGCAGUUUCGUUUUGAACGAAUGUGGUGUCACCACCCUGAUUUCUAUCGAAUUGUUGAGAGGUCUUGGGUGUCUAAUUCUGGUGCUUCUGUUCCCGAGAAAAUUCUUGCCUGUGGUGGGGAUAGUUCGGAUUUAGAUUUUUGUCAAAAGGAAUUGAAUAAUCUAUUGCAGCAAGAGGAAGUGAUGUGGUGCCAACGAUCGAAAUCCCUUUGGCUACGGGAUGGAGACCGGAAUACGGGUUAUUUUCAUACAGUGGCUUCUUCUCGUCGACAAAGGUGUAUAAUUUCUUCGAUUCAGGAUGAGAAUGGUGUUUGCUUCUCGGAUGCUAAAAGCAUUGAAAGGAUUAUUGAGGGCUACUUUAAGAAUAUCUUUUCAUCGACUAAUCCAAAUUGGGAUAAUGUUCGUUCGAUUGCUAGUUUAUUGGAGAGAAGAAUUGAUGAUGAACAGGGACUUAUGCUUGAUACCGAUUUCACGUUUGAGGAAAUUAAAGAUGCUGUUUUUCAGAUGGAGGGAGACAAGGCUCCGGGACCUGAUGGAAUGACACAAACUUUUUUUCAACAGUGUUGGGGAUUGAUAGGUAAGGAUGUUGCUUCUUUUUGUUUGGAUUUUCUGAAUAACGGAGAGCCCUUGCCUUCCAUUAAUCAUACCAAUAUCUGUUUAAUUCCUAAGAAUGCUUCGCCAAGUUCAGCCAAAGACUAUAGACCCAUUAGUCUUUGCAAUGUCCUCUUUAAAAUUAUUUCUAAAGCUCUGGCAAAUCGGUUGAAAUUAGUCUUGCCAAAUUUGAUUGGGGAUAGUCAGAGCGCAUUUGUUCCUGAUCGUAUGAUCUAUGAUAAUGCAAUGAUUCCGUUUGAAACUAUUCAUUUUAUGCAAAAUAAGAGGGUUGGUAGAAAAGCACAUAUGGCUUUGAAGUUGGAUUUAAGCAAAGCCUAUGAUCAAAUUGAAUGGAAAUUCUUGGCAGAAUGUAUGCGGAGGUUGGGUUUUUCUGCGCGGUGGAUUCAUUUGGUAAUGACUGGGGUGAGAAGUGUUUCAUAUUCCGUUUUAAUUAACGGUAAUCAGAGUGAUUGUAUCUAUCCAUCGAGGGGAAUUCGACAGGGAGACCCACUUUCGCCUUAUCUUUUCCUAUUAUGCAUGGAGGCAUUGUCGAAGAUGAUUUCAAAUGCUGCUUCAGUUGGUGGUCUUAGUGGCGUUUCGAUUGCUAGGCAUGCACCGAGUGUUUCUCAUUUAUUUUUUGCAGAUGAUAGCAUCUUGUUCUUAAGGGCUAGAUUACUGGAAUGUGACAUUGUUUUAAAGAUCUUGGGAGAUUUUGAAGCUGCAUCAGGACAGAAAAUUAACAUUGACAAAUCUUCAAUUCUUUUUAGUAAGAAUACUUCGGUUGAGCUCAGGAUGGCUAUUAUGCAACGUUUGGGAAUUCAGAGAGGAUUAGAUGGGGAGAGCUGCAAUUUAUCAAAGAUAAACUUUUCCGUCGUGUUAAUAGUUGGCAUAGCAUGGGACUCUUUGUGUGUAUCUAAAGCUGACGGUGGAUUGGGCUUCAAGGACUUUGAAACAUUUAAUUUGGCCUUAUUAGCCAAGCAGUGCUGGCGUCUGUCCCAAAAUACAGAUUCUUUGUGCUUUCGGGUACUAAAGGCUAAAUACUUCCCCACAUCCAGAUUUAUGUCAGCUAGGUUAGGCAGUAACCCAUCCUUUCUUUGGCGCAACCUCCUUGCUGGUAGGAAGAUCUUGGAAGCAGGUAGUCGACGCAGAGUUGGUUUUGGUCAAUUAGAUGCUUGGCAUGAUCGUUGGAUUAAUAAUCCUCAUGACUAUAAACCAACGCCGAGACAUGGGAUUGAGAUUUCUAGUAAUCCAGUUUGUGUUGCUGAUCUUAUAGAUGAUGAUGAACAUUGUUGGGAUGCUGAUAAACUCCAGGAGUUGUUUUCUGCAGAGGAUGUUGUUCGAAUUUUAUGCCUUCCAAUACCAAGGAUUCCAAGAGAAGAUUGUCUAUUUUGGAAUGAUUCUAAGAUGGGAGAAUUUAAUGUAAGAUCUGCUUAUUUUGUUGCACGCAAGGAACUUGGAAGAGGUGACUUACCAGUGGAGUCUCCGCCUCAGAUAUGGCGGAUGAUUUGGUCCUCUCGAUUGCUGCCUAAGGUUCGUUUCUUUUUGUGGCGUUUGUGUUGGGGUAUCUUGCCAUUGAAAUAUGCUUUACAAUAUCGCGGGGUGGAGAUUGAUAAUAAUUGUGCAGUGUGUGGUGAAGAGGAACAUUCCUAUUUACAUAUUUUCUUUAAUUGCCCUCUUUGCUUUCGUAUUUGGGAUUUGAUUUGUCCAAGGGUGAUUCCAUGGCUUGAAGGGUAG